AUGGACAACAAUGACCGUCGGCAAAGGCAAAACAACCCGCCGAGCUACAGCGGGCAACCAGGACUCAUACAGACAUCUGCUCAGUACACUUCAGCGAACGCAUCCGAUCGCUUCAGGCAGACGCCCUUGGCAGCGCAGUCGCCAACAUCAGCGCCCUCAGCAGGCCGCGCUGGAACCGCGCAAGCAUACGGAUAUGGGUUUGGCGAAGGGGCGCCGUACGUGGGACCGUCGUUGCAAACCGGUGUGUUGCAAUAUCAGACGGAAUUUGGACAGGAACAGCAACGCGCACAACAACAGUAUCCGCAAUACGGAUCAAGUAUCCUCUACAGUGUUCCUCCACAGCAGCAAGCGGCUCCGCAUCCGUCCUACGACUCUGUGCAACCAUAUACGCCACGGCAAUCUGCAGCAAUGGACACAUUGACGUCGAAUCAAUUUACUGUUCCACAACAAUACUACGAAGGGAUUCCGACUAGCGCACCCGCCGCUGGGUUGCCGUCUCAAAACGUGCCUUCACAUUACUAUACACAGCAGUCUCCUCCCGGGAGGGAGUCCCUUGCUCCGGUUUAUACCGGCAGUAUGACCAAUCCUGCUCAAGGAAGCUCUCAAGGAGCGUACGCGUCGCAAACCCUAGCCGCGCAGGGCAGUUCGGAGUAUGACACCGCCUAUAGCGCUUACCAGACCGAAAUCCGAAGGACGUUUGAGUAUGUUCGAGACGGACGUGUUGGAGAGGCGGGGAGGCUUUUAGUUGAUGUCUCUGACUGGUUAUUACGCAACGCUGAACAAUUGGGUUUGACUCGCGACGACGAAUCUAUGCGCGCAGAACGCCUCAAGCUCUGGGAAGAAUUUAACAACUGCUGGCUCACGGUGCUUCAGAGGCAGAAAGAGAUGACCCGAGACAUGCUUAGCUCAGGACAGCAGCCGCAUCCGCCACAAGGUCUGCUGGAGCACGAAUAUCUGGAAUUCAUGGGUAAAGCACUUGUGGAUCUCUGCGACGUGAUGGAGAAGCACGGCUUGGUCGACUACCAAAUGGGUGUCUGGGAAGAAGAGAUUGUGUCUGUUCUCACACAAUGUCUCGAUCUCCUUGAGCAACAAGCCGGUCCGAGCUCGCAUCAUGCAGUACCUGCACCAGCAUCUACGGCUCGCCGUCGGUAG